CCGCGGUGCAGCAUGGGCUGCCGGCCAGUGCAGGUCAUUCGUUCAGGAGUCUAGCUUGACUUCCAAAGAGUCAUUCAGCAGCAGUCACCAGCUGGCUGCCUCGAUCAGCUGCGCUUUCUGAAGAGCGUCCUCAUCUCCUGCAACAAGCGCCGGUAGCGUCUGCUUCACGUUUGCUGUGCACAGCUUGCCGAAUAAACUGGCAACGAACAACGAUUUCUGGGUCCAUUUGACAUCAAGCGAAGAGCUAGGAUCCAGGAAACAUUGUGGUACUGAGCAUCACCGUUCAAUAUUACAGAAUCUUUUUCUGCAUUCAUUUUUUCUUGAUCAGCUGAGCUGCGCGCAUUCGGAAUGCUCCUCAGAUCUCAAUUCAAAUAUCAAAUUCCAGUGGGAUUAAGGCAUCGUCGUUUUGAGUUGCUGUGCUAGUGGCUCUUUCUUCAGCGAGUUGAAAGAUCGAUGGGUGAAAACCUCAAGUCUAAAGGCUACGAAGAGCCCAUCCAUCCCUCUGCAGAUCGAUGUGACAUCGAUUGUUAACUGCGCGCUUGUCUGACGACAAUCGAUUGGAGGUGCUAGGCCAGCUUCUUGGGUUGUGGUAGCCGCAUUGUCCAUUACUCAUUGCUACAUUGCAACAAGCUUGUCAGCAGCACUCGACCCCGGAUUGAAGCUAGACAGCAUUAUGUGGACACUUCCCAUCGGCGCCGGUUAGGAAGCAAACAAAGAAGGGUCAGGAGUUAGCAUGGUGCUAGACCCUGCCCACAUUUUUGUCCAGAUAUUCCACUCUAUGGAAGCCACAACUGGUGUUCAUUGAGUAGGAUAUUAGCGGGAUUUCUGGUCACUUUUGCAAGGAUGGACAACAGAUCCGUUGGAUUGAGUCCCAAGAAAGAUGCAGCGGAGAAUGAGAGGUUUGUGCCUUAUCACGAGGCGCCAUUUGGCGAGAGGCUGAUGACGCGGGGCAACCUGAGGCUGAUGCUCAGUGCUGGGGCGACACUCACUCUGGCAAUCAUGGGAAGCGCCGUCCUCCCCGUGUCGUCCGCGUUUGCGAGCACGGGCAUCAUCUGCUCCGUCCUGCUCAUGGUGGUGGUCGCUCUCGCCAACUCGUACACGAGCGACAUGCUGCUGCGCCAGGCGUACGUGGCAGAGAAGACCGACUACGAGGACCUCGCAUAUGCAGUCGGGGGGGAGCUCUGGAGGGUUGUCACUCAGCUGUCUAUCAUCGUUCUGAUGAUGGGGACCUUAGUUGGUGGGAUCGAGCAAGUGGGCCAGGCCGGCUCUACUGCUCUGACCAACUUCGGGGGAGACUCCAUCCCCACGUGGUUGACCGACGACGGCAAGGGCCGCUUCAUUAUGGCGGCCACAGUGCUCGUGGUGGUCUUUCCGCUGUGCCUCAUCAAACAGCUCCGCCAGCUCGAGUACGUGGGCUGGGCCGGUGUCGCGAUCGUCAUCUGGCUCAUGAUUGCGGUCAUGGUUGACUCGAUCUCGGCUGGCCUCCCCGCGGUGGGCAACGAUCUGCCGGUAGUGGGCUUCAUCAGCCUCAGCGCCGUGUGCGGGGCCGUUUCUACAUUCGGCUUCGCGUUCUACAUCCAACCCGUUCUGAUGCCCAUGAUCGCCGAGAUGCCUCGGGGCAAGUACGGCGUCAAGAUGCUGGGCUGGUCGAACCGCUUUGUGGUGCUCGUGAACGCCUUUGUGACCUACUUCAUUCUGGGCUUCUUCGGCGCGGCUCGGUACGGCGCAGACACCGAGGGCAACAUUCUGCAGAACGCAUGGAUCGGGGGGGGCGUCUGGCAAGGCCUGCUCAACGUCGCCAUGUGCUUGUACCUGGCGGUGUCCCUCCCCCCAAUCGAGUUCCCGACGCGCCACACGCUCGACAUCUGGCUGGUCAAACUGCUGACCGCGGUGGGCGUUGAGGACGCGGCCCACCGGUUCCGCUGGGGGCGACACCUCACUCUGACGACGCUUAUCUUGGGCGUCGCCCUGGGCAUCUCGGAGGCGAUCCCCGAUAACUCGGCCAAGGUGCUGCUCGUGACCGGGGCCACUGGAGUGUGCAUGGUGUCGUACGUCAUCCCCGUGGGGAACCACCUCAUGCUCUACUUCGGAGUUGCCCGGUGUCAGCGCCGGCUCAAGGCAGAGCUGAUGCGGAACUUGUCCCUGCACGGGGGAGACGUCUCCGUGCACUCGCAGUACCGCGGCCACGUCCUGCUCAAGGAGCUCCAGAACCUGGCCGUGCCUCUGAAAGACGCGCUCCCCCCCCUGGGCCCCAACUCCGAAAAUGGCCCCCCCAACGUGCUCGAGUACCGCAAAGAGCCCAGUUACCCCGGGGUGUUUGGGACGUUGUACGAGGCAGUCACGCAAGUGGGCGCCCCGCUUCUAGUUCUCGCCGUCGGGGUCUUCUGCAGCGUCGCCGCGCUAACAACCAUCAACACACUGUAAAAUGAGCAACUGGUCUUGUGGUAAACUCGGUAAUCCAGUGCCAGCGCUUUCGGUCCUCUGCUUAGUAUCAUGAGCGCGCACAGAUUUACCGGAUCAGCGCAAUCAAACCUCUGCUUGGUGGAAAGAGGCGCGCUUUCGACAGCCGAGUAUGUAUAUGUGACAAUAAAUGUAGGUCAGCAUGACUCUCACUUAAGUUAGCUCCUUGCAUGUAAGCGUCAAAGGGGCGUAGAAUUCUGUAAGAGGCACACGAAUCCACAACAUUGCAAGCAGGGGUUGCAGCGAAAACCUCGCGCCCUUGGCUACAGCCUGCUCUAGCUGUCUAAACCGUCAGCUUCAUGCAGUCGUCAAAAGGGGACAGGAACGUAUAUACAAUUUUAGCUUAAGCUUAUCAAAUAGUAUACAGGCUUUGAUUUGGUCAAGCGCGUGUUGACAACUAGCAACUGAGGGACUAUUACACAAGCAUAUGCGCAGAAGUAUAUGGUAUGCCCUCAACGGUUCCAUGCAUCCUAUGAUUGGUAAU